CGGGCUCGAGCGGCGUGAUCUGUUCAGCGCGCGGAUGGAGGAAGCAGCUGCUGCUCCCUGAUUCAGUCGAAGCGAAGCAGACAGACAAACCCAAACGAGAAACACGUUUACUGAGAUAACCUGAAUUUACAUCGCUUCACAGGCACAGCGUGUAUGAAUACUGUCGUGGUUUAAUGGGUCCAAUCAUUGGGAUGUCUCCGGAUAAGAAAGCCGAGAGCCCGGGAGGGGUGGUGGUGGAGGAGCGCGGAGGGGGUCUGAGAGGGGGUCCGUGGGGGGGCGCGGGUACGCUCCCUGAGGCCGAGUGCGCCUCCUCCCCGUUGGCCACCCGCCUCGACCAAUCCGCCGCAGACGAGGAGCUGACCAACCUGAACUGGCUUCACGAGAACCUUCUGCAGAACUUCACACUGGGAGACGCCAUGACAGUGGGCGGCACCGGGGCUGGGGGUAGCCCGCUCUUCGACAUCGAGGGAGAACCAGCCGGUCUCCUGGCCUCCUCUUCCUCCUCCUCCUCCUCCUCCUCUUCCUUCUCCUCCUCCUCGUCCAGGGGUGGAGGAGGGGACACGGUCAAGUCCAAGCCUCCCUUCUCCUUCUCGCUCCUCAUCUACAUGGCCAUCGAGCACUCGCCCAGCAAGUCCCUGCCGGUGAAGGACAUCUACGGCUGGAUCCUGCAGCACUUCCCCUACUUUUCCAGUGCCCCCACUGGCUGGAAGAACUCGGUGCGCCACAACCUCUCCCUCAACAAGUGCUUCCGCAAGGUGGACAAGAGCCUGGGCAAGGUGAACGGUAAGGGCUCCCUGUGGUGUGUUGAUCCUGAGUACCGGCCCAACCUGAUCCAGGCCCUGAAGAAGCAGCACUUACCCAGCCUACUGCACGCCUUCUACACACCUCCCGCCUCCCCACCCAGUGCCUCUUCGCCCCCUCGCCACCUCCUACUUCAAGGCUGCUCUCUGAAAGAGUCUGACAUUGAUGCUGCCACUGCCAUGAUGCUCUUAAACUCUGCACCCGGACACGCCAACGACAGAUGUGUUCCUGAUGGUCCUCUGGACUUGUCCCGUCCUGUGUCAGUGCUGGUGAGCAGCGACCCCAAGCAGGACCACAACUACAGCAGCGUGCCAGUCAAGCCCCAGCAGCAGCAGCAGCAGCAGCGCUCCCCUUCCCCCGCCCCCUCAUCCUCCUCAUCUUCCUCCUUCUCCUCUCUCGACGACGGUCGCCGGGCCAACCAGCGUCGCCGGGCGGGCAGCGAGGGUUUCCACAGUGACACAGAGGACGACGACGACGACGACUCAGACGCCGACCACCGUCACCAUCACCAGACGACAGCACCCCUGAAGCUGAAACAGAGAAGGGCCUCCACCAAUCAGGGACGGCCGUCCUCCAACACCCACUCUUCCUCCUCCUCCUCAUCGUCCUCCUCAUCUUCCUCCUGGCGGCCCCCGGCCAGCAAGCGCCUGCGAGCGGAGAGCGGCAGCGGCAGCAGUAGCAGAGCUGGUGGUGUUGGCGGAGGUGGAGGAGCAGGGGAGGUGGACGAGGAGCUGAAGGAGGCUGCCGGCUCUCUGCUGCACCUGGCCGGCAUUCGCACUUGCCUAGAGGCCAGCCGGCACGCCCACCACACCAACCUCAUCGCCACCACCACUGCCAAACACACCACGAAACACGGCGAAAACAUCAAGCACCACACCACCACCAACAGCAAAAAACUGCCAAGGAAGUGAGGACCUGCUGUUGGUGUGUUGCCGUGUGUUGUGUGGCAUUGGGCAUAUUCGCGUUUUUUGUACGUGUGCAACGUGCAUUGGUGGCUGAACUCUUCUUUCGAAGAAGAUGUGGCCUCUUCUUUUCCAAAAUUCUUCCUCCGUCACUCUCUCUCUCAUUCAAUUUCUCUCUCUCUAUCCAUCCUUCUCUCCGUGAACACGCCACCUAAAAUAAACUCCUGACCUUGUGUCUCAAUGUGCCUCCCUUCCCUCCCCUUUCACCAUCCGUGAAUCGUUUUUUUGUUUUUUAUUUGAUCAUUUGGAUCAAGGAAAAGCAAAAAGGAAUAGGCCUACCUUGUUUUUAAUGGAGAUGUACUGACUGUCACACACGCCAUCUCUCUCUCUCUUGCUUACCUGGCUUCACGUCAACAACCAUGGCAAUAGCAACACACACACACACACACACACACACACACACACACACACACACACACACACACGAGAACAAAGCCAUACAGGGAGGCAUCAGAGAGCGAGAGAGUGUGUGUGUUCACAGGGGAUGCUGACUCCCAUCCAAAUAGCACCAUCUGUUUGGCAGCGGGUCUCAUGUAGAGUCAGAGUUCAAGGAUAAUUCCUCUUUCUUCUUCUUCUUCUUCUUUUUCUUUGUUUCUACCUAUUUUUCCUUAAUGGAUUUGUGUUUGUUUUUAUAUAUUUCUCUCAACGAUACAAAAAAGAUGGGACUUGACAUUGUUGCAUGCUUCCCCCCCCUCUCUCCAGUUGGUGUUGUCUCUUCCAAGUGGAUCUAUUUACACAAGAGAAUGAGUGCAUGUCUGUAUUAUAUGAAUCUAAUCUCUCUCCUCCUACUCCUCCUCCUCCUCCUCACCACUCCUCAUCCUCUGCCAUUAGAAGACAAAGACUUCAAGAAAAAAAAUGAAAUGGGGGGGAAAAAAGAACGAAAAAAAGAGUGACAAUUGACGUCUUUUUUCCUCCGAAGUGUACUGCCUCACCUUUCUUAACUUAACCCUCGUCCCUGAGAUAUGAAAUGCAAUAAUCAUAAUCACAACAACAACAACAAAAACUAAACCUUUAACCCUUCA